AUGAUAAGAAGCAUGGCAAGCUCAUCCUCCUCACGAGGCAUUGCUGCUAUAGUCGGGGUUGGGCCCAAGCUUGGUCGAUCCGUCGCCCGCAAGUUCGCUCACGAAGGCUACACCAUUGCCAUUCUCUCUCGUGACCUAGGGAGAUUGUCAAGCUUGGCGGAAGAGAUAGCGAGGGAAGAGAAAGCACAGGUGUUUGCAAUACGCAUUGAUUGCUCGGAUUCCAAAAGCGUGAGGGAUGCAUUCGAAACAGUGUUGUCUCUCGGAUUCGUGGAGGUUCUUGUUUAUAUUGCUUAUUACCAGCCCCUAUCUUGGAACCCCACCUGUUUCCAACAUCUCCACGUUGACACUUUCCACAAAUCCCUUGCUGUUUCCACCGUCGGUGCCUUCCACUGCGCUCAACAGGUGCUGCCGGGCAUGGUGGAAAGAGGAAAGGGCACAAUUAUUUUCACGGGCUGUUCUGCUUCGCUAAUCGGCAUGGCCGGAUACUCCCAACUAUGCUGUGGCAAAUUCGCCUUGAGAGCACUAGCGCAAUGCCUGGCGAGGGAAUUUCAACCUCAGGGAGUGCACAUAGCUCAUGUUAUCAUUGAUGGGGUUGUUAACCCACUCAGGCAAAGUGGUUCAGUUGGGGAGCAAAGCAGAGAAGGAGGAGGGGAUGACGGCACAAUGGACCCUGAUGCCCUAGCUCAAACAUACUGGCACUUGCACGUUCAAGACCGGACCGCUUGGACCCAUGAGAUGGACCUUCGUUCCUCCCCUGCUAUACUCUUCUAG